AUGGACGCCCUCUCGGGGCUCAUCGCUCAAGCCAUUAAAGCGUCGAUCGGAGACGCGUUUACGCCGGCCGCCCAGGGUCAACAGGGAAACUUCAACACACCAAGGGCGCUGACCGAAAGCACCACCUCUAGCUCGAGUGAACCGACAUCUUCGUCAACAACAACCGAGGCGCUGACCGAAAGCACUACCUCUAGCUCGAGUGAACCGACAUCUUCGUCAACAACAACCGAGGCGCUGACCGAAAGCACCACCUCUAGCUCGAGUGAACCGACAUCUUCGUCAUCAACAACCGAGGCGCUGACCGAAAGCACCACCACUAGCUCGAGUGAACCGACAUCUUCGUCAUCAACAACCGAGGCGCUGACCGAGAAGCACCACCUCUAG